AGAUCAAUAACCACAUUCCCAUAUUUAAUAAUCCCUUUCUCUAAUCUCCCCAAUAUUUUCUUCAAUAAAAUCCCCUCAAACACAGAACCGUUGUGAUUUAUUUACUAAAAACACAAUUUUUUAUUUUGAGACAGAAAAAUCAAACACAUACCCACCCACCACUACUCCUUCUCCUUCUCUGUCCACGUGCGUUAUCUCAUGUCUGACAACGAUAAACUGGGAUCUCUUCCCAUUGGUACGUGUCAUCCACUCUCCCUGUCAGACUGUGGAUUUUCUCAACUGGGCCCCGUGCAUAUUCUAGCACAGUUCCGAGCUGAGGAGGUGCAAAAAGAUAUAUAGCGUUAGCAACUUUACAUCAUCAUCUUCUUCUUCUCCUUCUCCACCUUUUCUUAUAUAACGUUCUUUUAGACCCUUUAAUAACGUUACAAAAACCGCCGGCGCCGGAGAAAGUUCCGGCCAACUUACUGUCUCAGAAUGGGUGCAGCUGAGCCUGUGGCGGAGAGAGAGGAAGAAGAAGAAGUGAGAGAGAGAAAUGAGAGGAGAGAGGAAGAGGAGGAAGAAGCAGAGGAGGUGAGAGUGAAGGACUUGGAGAAAGGUGAGGUGGGUUUGGAAGAAAAAGUAGUUCGUGACAAUAUAAAUAAUGGAGAAGAGUUUCAGUUGUCAAUGAUGCAGAGGCUAAAUCCAACUAACCCUUUAAGGGUUUUGGUUCAAAAUAGUACCAGAGUUACUACUCCUUCUCCUUCUCAGUUUUCUCAGCAUUCAACUCAGCCUCGUUUUACUCCAACCCCACAACCAUCUAUAACAACACUUAACUCAAGAUCAUACACCAACAAAAUAUCUUUGUUUCUGUUCCUUGUGCAUAUGAUUAUUGCUAUUGGGCUAGUUGGGUUUCUUAUAUUUAAGGGAGUUCAAGGGAUUUUACAAGCAUCAGAUGUGAAAAGAAAAGAGAUGAAAGUUCUUAAGUUUUACCUACCACAAGUUGAAGCAGCAUCAUUUUUAAGCAUUACACUUGCAUUUGCUUGGCAAAAGGCAUUAAGAGAAUGGCCUAAAAUCAUGGUUCCUUUCAUAUUGUGGAGCUCAUUUGUGCUGUCAAUAUCUGCUGGAAUUCUCCUAAUUUGCUUCCAAAAACCUCCCACUGAUGGAAUUGGAGUCUGCUUCAUUGCCUUUGCAAUAGGCAAUGGCUUAUAUGCUUGCUGGGUAACCCAGAGAAUGGGAUUUUGCAGCAGAGUUUUGAUCAAAGCGCUCGAGCCUGUAUCGAAAUUCCCUGAUAUCAACCAUCCCAUUUAUUUGAUGCUUGGAGCUGGGUUUAUUUGGAUGUCUUUGUGGAUUUUAGCAGUGAUUGGAGCUCUUAAUUUCUACUUUCCUCCAUUGAUUAUAAUUCUAUUAGUACUAAGCUUGUGUUGGACUGCGGAAGUAAUGAGGAAUGUGGCUAAUAUAACAGUAAGUAGGGUGAUUGCUCUGUACUAUCUCAGAGGAAUGCAAUCAAAUACUCAGUUUUGCUUCCAAAGAGCCUUGACCAAGAAUCUUGGAAGUGCUUGUCUUGGAUCUCUCUUUGUGCCUACAAUCGAAGCACUGAGAGUAGUUGCCCGGGCGCUAAAUUUGCUCGAGGGCGAAGAUGAAUUCAUGUUCUCUUGUGCUCAUUGCUGCCUAAAUGUCAUGCAAUCCAUCUUCAGAUAUGGCAAUAGCUGGGCAUAUGUACAGAUAGCUGCAUAUGGAAAAGGUUUUGUGAGGGCAUCUCAAGACACAUGGGGACUCUUCGAAAGGCAAGAGAUCGUGCCUGUAGUUGACGCCGACAUGACCAGCUCGAUCUGCUUCCUCACCGGAGUAUGCAGCGGCUCCAUUUGUGUCAUCGUGGCAGCUGCUUGGACAGCCAGAGUUCACCAAAGUUUCACAGCAACCAUUUCACUUCUAGUCUUCUUCAUUGGAUACCUUAUGACCAGAAUUGCCAUGGCAGUGCCUCAUGCCUGUGUGGGCUGUUACUAUGUUUGCUAUGCUGAGAAUCCAGACAACAGGAUAUUCGACAAAACAAUCAAGGAUCGUCUCCAAAUGAUUCAAACGGGCCGCGAUGUGGUCGUGCCUACACCUCGAAAUCCACGCCGGUAUAAUAAUCCAACUUAAGAACACACAAGUAAGAGCCAAGUAAUGAGCAAGAGAGUGAAAGAUCUUGUUUUUUUUUUUGUCCUUGUGAUUGUAAAUACAUUAGGUUGUUUAGAUCAUGUCUUGUUCCAUAUCUUGGCUAGUAGUCUCAAUUGGGGUCCUGGGAUUGACCAAGCUUGAAGCUUUGUUGGUGGUGACAAUGGCAAUUUUGAAGUGAAAAAAAAAGUAGAGCCAAUAUAAGAAGGGAAUGGAAAGCCUAGUGUUAUACCACUAGACAAAGCUAUGAAAAAGAAAAACAAAUAACAAAAAACAAAAGGGUAUCUUAGCACUAAUGACCCCAUUAGUACAUUAUUGUAAUUGCACAUAUUUUUAGCAUAUUCCAUGCAGAAAAGUCCCUGAAUAAUUUAACUAUUUAUUAGUUUCUCUAGCUCAAUAAAUUAACACCUCACCAAAUAUUUUUGAUGUACCUUUAAUUAUUCAAUUCUAUGUGAUCUUGUAAGAAUCUCCACCAGUUUUGUUUGA